AUGAACAUCACGGAUAUCGUUGAUCCUUUACUUUAUGGACAAGUCGUGCUUCUAAUGAUUCCCAUAUGGAUACAACGACUGCUUGCCUACCCUUCAGAAUACUUUUUCCCCCGAUUUGCCAACAUGAUGCAUUCGUUGGCCCUCAACACUAGUGAAUUGCGCGAAACAUAUGCGGAGAUUGAGGAGUAUCGCGCAAAUUUCGUGGUGCUAAUGCAAAAGGAAAAGCUGGAUGCCCUUCUUUGUCCUCCUCAGGUGCUCAGGUUGAUAUAUUUAAAGGUACUAACGGCUCCAAAACACUCUAUUCCGGCCAAGUUAUUCGCCGCUUGCUCUUAUACCGCUAUAUUCAAUCUGCUUGAUUUUGGCGCAGGUGUGGUGAACGUAACAAAAGUGACAGCCGAGGACAAUCGAAAGCUCUUAGAAGAGUAUCCGGAAACUGAUCCAUGGUAUAGAUUGGCCAAAGAUACAUGCAAGAACUGUGUUGGCUUUCCGGUUAACGUGCAAGUGGCUGCUCCUCCAUACAAAGAAGAGAUUGUGCUGAGAAUUCUUCGUGAUAUUGAGAUCGGUGUUGAAAGUCAGCGAACUAAAUGA